AUGUCACUGUGGAGGUCUCAACAAGUUCUGUUUCUGAAUUCACCCUGUUCCCGGUUGCAGGAUCAAAUAUAUAAGCUCCAGAUCAUGGGUUGGUUAAACAAAAUAUUUAAAGGCUCAGUAAACAGAGUUUCAAGGGGUCAUUAUGAUGGCCACUGGCAUGAAGGCAACCAAUCUGAGCACACCAGAGAUGCAUAUGAUGAGAGUGACAGUGAAGAUAUAGCUCGUGCUAUUGCAUUAUCCUUAGCAGAGCAAGAUCCGAAUAAGGGAAAGGCUAUUGAUCCUGAUUAUAGUUUGGAGGAAGAUGAGCAACUUGCACGGGCUCUCCAGGAGAGCCUUAAUACCGAGUCUCCUCCUCGUCAAAAUGCUCCUGUUGAGAAUGUUCCAUCAGAGAGUAUCCCAACAAGGGAGCCACAUCAGUCUGUCUUGCCCUCAAGCGGAUUCAGGACUUGUGCUGGAUGUAGAAAGCCAAUUGGUCAUGGGCGUUUUCUUAGUUGUAUGGAUGAAGUUUGGCAUCCUCAGUGCUUCAAAUGUUAUGCUUGCAAUAAGCCCAUAUCAGAGUAUGAGUUCGCCAUGCAUGAAGACCAGCCAUACCACAAAUCCUGCUAUAAAGAUUUUUUUCAUCCAAAAUGUGAUGUCUGCAAGAACUUUAUUCCGACAAAUAAGAAUGGCCUGAUCGAAUACCGAGCACAUCCUUUUUGGAUGCAAAAGUACUGCCCUUCCCAUGAAGACGAUGGCACUCCUAGGUGUUGCAGCUGUGAAAGAAUGGAGCCAACGGACAUCAAAUAUAUUACAUUAGAUGAUGGGAGGAAACUGUGCUUGGAAUGUCUCACUUCUGCAACAAUGGACUCUCCCGAAUGCCAACACCUUUACAUGGACAUUCAGGAAUUUUUUGAAGGUUUGAAUAUGAAAGUAGAACAGCAGGUUCCAUUACUUUUGGUUGAGCGUCAGGCUCUGAAUGAAGCGUUGGAAGCUGAGAAAAGUGGACAUCACCUUCCUGAAACCAGAGGUCUAUGUCUUUCUGAAGAACAAAUUGUCAGAACUAUCUUAAAAAGACCAACAAUUGGACCAGGAAACAGAAUUAUGGAUAUGAUUACAGGACCAUACAAGCUGGUCCGACGGUGUGAAGUGACCGCCAUCCUAAUACUGUAUGGUCUACCAAGAUUGCAAACUGGCUCCAUCCUUGCUCACGAGAUGAUGCACGCAUAUCUUCGCCUUAAAGGAUACCGAUCCCUUAGCCCUCAGGUUGAAGAAGGCAUCUGUCAAGUCCUAUCCCACAUGUGGCUUGAGUCUGAAAUCAUUGCCGGUGCUAGUGGCAACGCUUCUUCCAGCUCGGCAUCAUCAUCGUCUUCGUCGGCAGCUCCUACCUCUUCAAAGAAGGGAGCGAAGACAGAAUUUGAGAAGAAACUCGGGGCGUUCAUCAAGAAUCAGAUCGAAACAGAUUCGUCCGUGGAAUAUGGGGAUGGUUUUCGGGCAGGCAUUCAAGCGGUUGAACAAUAUGGCUUGAGAAGUACCCUUGAUCAUAUGAGGCUGACAGGGUCCUUUCCUUAUUGA